GAACCAACACCGUGUGCGUUCCCUCGACUUUUAUUGUGAAAAGCCUCCCGUUGCGUUGGUUUUAUUGUGAAAAGCUGUGAAAAGUGCAUGCUAACCGGGAGCAGGUAUCUGAGCGCUGCUGCUGUCUGUCGCCUCGUCUCUGUCUGUGGCGGAGCUGCAGAGGUGUGUUGAUGACAAAUCUGUCAACGGAUCCGAGCCACGGUGCGCUAACAGCUCUGCGGCGGACGAGACGUGCCGCUGCUAAACCCGCAGCUAGGAGUUUGGUCAGGCCAAAGCCUAGUGUUUGGCUGGUUUGAAUAUGGCUCUGUCAUUCCUUUUGGUGUUGGCUGCUACUGUGAUUCUUAUCAGACCUGAGACACCUGUAACUAAGGCCCUACAUCAGAACUCCCUCGAGUGUUGUGGCGAGAAACAGAGAGCGAACAGUUCCUGCUCCAAUGACACUCACUGUGAACCAGGAUGCUUCAUGCGCGUCCUUGAGAACAGCAACACUGUGUGUAUAUUCUGUGACUCGGCAGCUGUGGAUUUGGAGAACAUAACAGUCUGUACCUACAAUUACACAUUGGAGCGUAAAAAUCAUACAACAGUAACUACUGUCAUUCCUAAAAUUGGAGGUCCCGGUGUGGCAGCCUCUCUUCUUCUGGGAACACUGUUGAUCAGCCUGUUCCUGAUCCUCUCUGUUGCCUCUUUUUUCUACCUCAAACGCUCCAACCGGCUCCCGAGCAUCUUCUACCGACGCAACAAGGCCUUCAUAUUCCAACCAAGUGAAACUGCUGUCAUGAUCCCCUCCUCAUCAGUGAGGAAGCCAAGAUAUGUGAGAAGGGAGCGCCCCUCUGCAACAUCAACACUGAACAGUGCCACGAUAACCACAACGUCCACAACUCAAGACUACAAUGUGUAGGAGGAGGGGUGGGAGGUCUGCUGCAGGUAGGAGAGAGAGAGAGAGAGAGAGAGAGAGAGCGAGCUCAGGAAUGAUGUGAGACUUUCUUAUCAUGUGAAGAAAGACCAGCUGACUCUAAUGAGGGUGGCCAAAUUAAACCGUUGCUGCUUCUUCCGCGUCACUGGAGCUGCUGCUUUUUCUGUUUUUAAUGAAAGUGUGUCUUUGGAAAAAGCAGCUACCUUGUCAGUCCUCCUGGCGCUCUGAAUUGUCUUUGUUCAGCAGACACACAAUAGGAUGAAUAGUUUCAGUAUUUCUUUGUAAGCUGGUUGGUAUUCUCAGUUAUGAAUGGCAGAGAGGAUGACUGCUUAGUUUUUAUCUGAUGUUCGGAAGUGUGAGUUCAGUGGCAAAAUCUCAACAUAUGAGGAACUUGGUGAAUGUGUGUCUGUUAAAGGAAUAGUUUGAAAGAAUUAGAUGAGACUGUCCAUACCAGUUUUAUCUCUAUUUGGAAAAUAUGAAGCUGCUGCCAGAAGACGAGUGGCUUAGUGCAGUACAAAGACAGGAAAUGAGGGAACAGCUGGCCUGCGUCUGUCCUGAGGUAAAAAAAAAAACCAGCCUCUAAAGCAGGUCUUGUAGCCUUUGUACUGACCCUGGCUAACUAUUUGCAGUCAUAAGUUUGCAUAACUGGCUUCUGGCUGCACCUUCAUCUGUUUAAGAUAUGAAAUUUGUAUUGAUUGUUGUCUUCUAACUCUCUCUAAGUUUAUUUCCCAAAAUUUCUGAUUAUUCCACUAAAGCAAAGACAAAUCAGGCCAGUGACUAAGUUUAGCAACAGUGGGGGUUUUAUCGAGACAAAGCGACAGCCAAGUAUCAUUUAAUGAUGUCUGAUCUGCUGAUCAUGAUGGUUUUACAUGUGUGCUAUUUAUUUGACUUUGUGCACUGAGUUUUACUGCAUAGAUUUGGGCCAAAACAAUAAAUGAUGUGUCUGAUAGCGUUAGAGUUCUUCUGGUGGACCAGGACGUUUUAGGAAUUGAUGAUUGUUUCUUUGUAUUUUGUGUUUUUGCUGUUGCCGUUGUUUAUUUUUGUGAUCAACCAAGGUGAAUGUAUGUCACGUGCACAACAAUCCAUGUAUCGCAGCUGCAUCCAGCAUUUAUUGCAUUCUACAUUCACACCCAUUCAGUCAUGAAGAGGAAAUUUUCAAUAUCAAAUCUUUCUUUUUCUUUAGUAGUUCCGUGAUCCUGCUGAAGCAGUUAAUUUUGAAUCCCAACUGAUUUUUUCCCUCAAAAGAAAUGAAUCUUCGUGCACUUUAUUCAUCUGAGGUCUUCAGCUAAUGUUGGACCUUAGUUUUUAAAAGAAACACUCAAAAUAACUUGUUGCCAUCGAGUGUGAUUGAGAUUUUUGUUGUUGUGUAGAUUGCAACAUUGAAGUUGCAUUAUGAACAUUACUUGACUACUAUUACCUUUGCCAAAUGUCUGAAGAAAAUGGCUUUUACUGGACGCCAUUACUGUGAUUACUGUGCCAUUAUGAGCUUUAAACGCAGCCAGGAAGCUUUUAAUCAUGACAUAUCUGUGAUGAAUAAUUGGGUAUUUUAAUUAUAUCCAGUGGCCUUUACUGUAUCUACGAUCCUAACCUUAUCCGAGUUAUACUUGCUUCACGGUAUUUUAUUCCAUAAAGCAUUUAUUCCAUAUCCUGACAACCCUACGGCUGUGAGAAUAAAAAGUCGUUUCCAUCUUCGGUAUAUGUGGAGCAAUCUGAAGUGACCCAGAUAAAAGGCAGCAAUCAUUCCAUGAAUAUUCCCCUGUUUUGCUUUGUGUGUUUACUGUUGUACAGACAACCAUAAGCUGACCACAUGUACAUAUUGUUUUAUACAAAUGAUGUAUUGUUUUUGUAAUGAUGUACAUAUCCUAAUUUCAGUGCCAUGAAGAAAGUUCAGAAGCUGUAUGUAUCGUUUGCAGAAAUAAAGCACCUUUCCAUAA